AUGGAGAACGAACGCGGAGAGCUCGUCGACCUUUACGUCCCCCGCAAGUGCAGCGCAACCAACCGCAUCAUCAAGGCCAAGGACCACGGCUCUGUUCAGAUCUCCGUCGCCAAGGUCGACGAGAACGGCAGAUUCAAUGGCGAGACCCAGGCCUACGCCCUCUGCGGCUUCGUUCGCGCCAUGGGCGAGUCCGACGACUGCAUCAACCGCCUCGCUCAGCGUGACGGCUACCUCAAGAACGUCUGGAGCGCCAGCCGAUAA